CGUCUCUCUCUCUCUCUCUCUCUCUCUCUCUCUAAAUUGUUCAAUGGAGCCAUGGCUUGACGACUUGGCCGACGACCUACAAAGCCUGAGUUUUGCCUCCACCGCUACUACCACUAUUACAGCCACCACCCUCCACCGUAGCACAAGCUCCGGGUCCUCGUCCGCCACACUCACUCCAGCUCCCUCCACUCACACCUCCUUCUCUUCUAAGUCCGCGAAACACCAGCAGUCCCUCUCUCUUUCUGAUCUCCGCUUCUCCGUUCGCCUCGGCUCCGGGGACAUUGGCUCCGUUUACCUGGCCGAGUUGAGGAAACCUGAGUCUGCUGUGACAACGACUGAUUCUUCUCUUUUCGCGGCGAAGGUUAUGGAUAAGAAGGAGUUGGUGAGUAGGAGCAAGGAAGGCAGGGCUAGGACCGAGAAGGAAAUUUUGGAAAUGUUGGAUCAUCCUUUCUUGCCCGCGCUUUACGCGAGUAUUGAGUCACAGAGAUGGCUCUGUUUGCUUACUGAGUUCUGUCCCGGUGGCGACGUUCACGUCCUCCGCCAACGUCAGCCACUAAAACGGUUCGAGGAAACCGCCGUCAGGUUUUAUGCAUCAGAAGUAGUGGUAGCUUUGGAGUAUCUUCACAUGAUGGGGAUUGUUUACCGUGAUCUUAAGCCAGAAAACGUUUUGGUUCGAUCAGACGGUCAUAUAAUGCUCACUGAUUUUGACCUCUCGUUAAAAUGUGAUGAUUCUACAUCAACCCCGCAGAUCAUCUCUAACCAAAACCCACCAACUGCAGUACUAAAAUAUGAUUACCCCAUUGACCAGCCUCCUUUCACUUCAUCUUCCUGCAUUAUCCCUAACUGUAUAGUUCCAGCUGUAUCUUGCUUCCAUCCAAGACGUAAACGCAAAAAGAAGACAGGCCACAAAGGUGGACCUGAGUUUGUGGCUGAACCCAUUGAUGUCAGAUCCAUGUCAUUCGUCGGGACCCAUGAGUACUUGGCACCGGAGAUUGUCUCCGGUGAAGGCCAUGGUAGUCCUGUGGAUUGGUGGACACUAGGGAUAUUUAUGUUUGAACUAUUUUAUGGGGUCACACCCUUCAGGGGUGUGGACCAUGAGUUAACCUUAGCUAAUAUUGUAGCUAGAGCUCUGGAGUUCCCCAAAGAACCUGCCAUACCUGCAACAGCAAAGGACCUGAUUUCACAACUAUUAGUUAAGGAUCCUGGCAGAAGACUGGGUUCCACCAUGGGGGCAUCUGCUAUUAAGCACCAUCCUUUCUUUCAAGGUGUGAAUUGGGCGUUAUUGAGAUGUACACGCCCACCUUAUGUUCCUCCUCCAUUUACCAAAGAAACUGUAUCAGAUGAAAGUUGUCCUGAGACACCCGUGGAAUAUUAUUAGUAAAAGAAAAUUUCAAAUAUAAUUAAUAAAUUAAGCAGCCUAACUAUACGUAAUUUGCUUCA